AUGGAUUUCACAGAUGUGCUACUACAAGUCGGCUUAUUCACCGCAGCUGUAAUAUUUUACUUGAUAUUUAUAAAAAAAUCACCUAAACGGAGAGGGUUUUAUCGAGAUCCGGGAUGGAAUUACACAUUAAAGCUAAUAUUGGCACGAUACGCUGUAAAACGAUGGAAGUCACAGCUAAUUCCCCAACAGUUGCACGAAACUCCAAGACUUGAGUCAUCUGAAUGGGAUAGUAUUGCGUUUCGAGCGACAAGUCCAGACGGCUCAGCACUUCUGCUGGGCAUUAAAAAGAUAAGCGUUGAUACAAAAUCUAUUGCGGAAGUUACUGUGUUUCUUAAGCUACCAGAUGGAAGAAGUUAUAAGUUAGUGCAGCACCCAGAGACGGCAGUCAGUGAAUGGAUUGAUAUCGAAGGAGGAUGGAGUGCUGGCGGUCUUAAAAUACAAGUUUUAGAAGAGCAACAAAGAUUGAGAAUUGUAUUCAAUGGACUCCUUACUGGAACUGAAGAUAAAAAAACACAGCAUGCUAAGUUUAAUUUACUUUGGGCAUCUGCAACGAGUGUAGUAAGAUACCCCGAAGAUUGGAGCGAGCAUUUAGCCGCGGAAACUCUUUCCUUGGAACCCUGGCGAGAUGGAGAUUGGCCUUCUUUACUACACUCAUGUGAUAAAGGAUCCGGAAGUUGGAUGCAAUGGGGCGCAAUUCAAGGGCGAUUUCAAACUUUUGAUCCAAAUGGGGUUACUGAAGUGAGCGAGUAUUUGCGUGUAAGAGGCGUAAGAGAACGAAGUUAUGGGUUGAGUUCUAACAACAUAAGACGAUCAUUCACAUUAACUGCGGCAACUAAAGAUGGGACUGCCGUUCAAAUUCGAGGGUUAUCGUAUCAUAAAAACUUUACCCAGUGUAUUUCAGGCAGUAUCAGAUUGCCGAAUUUUAUGGUCAAAAGUAUUACUUCUACAGAUAUUAUUAUGUCUGAUUUUUGUGAAAAUAAGAACGGCCUACCAAAUACUUAUACUAUAAAUGUGAGCGCGCAUGAUCGAACUCUUAAAGUAAUUAUUCGACUAAAUAAAGAUGGAGGUAAAUUUUAUUCUGGAGUGCAUAGAGAGGAACAACUGUACCACACGUUCAAUGUCACCAUCGACAGUGAACAUGGCACGGGUAUUCUUGAACUAGGCUACGAAAAUUUAGAGGAUAAACUAGAAUCACCUAUCCCUCUUAUCCCUAAACCAACGCUAAAGUGGUUGAAUAAGAAAGAAGUGGGUGAUGUUAGCUAUUGUGUGCCAUUCGAAGCGGCCGCCGCAGCGUGUACUGAAUAUGUUGGCGGAAAAGGCGCUUCAUUGGCCUUACUGGCGUCUGUACAGAAGGAACAGGGAUAUCGUGUCCCUCCUGGAUUUUGUAUAACUACCAAAGCUUUGAAUAAGCAAAUUGAAGUUAAUUAUAAUCUAAAGAAGGCUAUUUCUGAAAUUGAAGCUGCCAAUGAAAAUUAUGUCGAAGCCAAGUUCAAGGAAAAAUGCAAAAAUGCAGUUGAUUUGUUCCUUGCCACUGAAAUUGAUAAAAGCGUGAAAGAUGCUAUACUGAGUCAACUUGAUGAUCUUAGAAAGACUGCAAGUGCACAGAAUUAUAGUUCAGAAAUACGAUUCGCAGUUAGAUCUUCAGCGGUGGGCGAGGAUAGUGAGGUUCUAUCGGCGGCGGGACAGAACGACACGGUGCUGGGGUGCGCGGGCGACGAGGCGGUGCUGCGCGCCGUACGCGCCUGCUGGGCCUCCAUGUUCGCGUUCACUAGCGUCUAUUAUCGGAGACAAAAUGGACAGUCGUGUCUUUGCGAGGGCGGCGUGGUGGUACAAGUAAUGGCGGCGGCGCGCGUUGCGGGCGUCAUGUUCACCGCGCACCCGCACCAGGGAGACCCCACUCGGAUCCUCAUAACUGCUAACUAUGGCUUGGGAGAGAGCGUCGUUUCGGGUUCUGUAGAACCGGACACAAUCGUUGUAAGACGAAAUUCUGAUGGGACAUUAUCGAUUGCACAAAUUGAUCUUGGAUCUAAGACCCAUAAGAUUAUAACAAGUAAAGAUGGUGUUACUUCAGAAAAUGUUGCAGAUAUUGAAAGAAAUAAGCCUUGUUUGUCAGAAUCGGAAAUAUUUAAGUUGGCUCGAUUGGGCGUAUCCCAAGAAAGACUUUGGGGUGCCGGUAGAGACAUUGAAUGGGCUAUAAACGAUGACGACGUAUUUUUGCUACAAGCGAGACCGAUAACUUCUCUCGAUCAAUGGACGGAAGAAGAGUUGCUGCACGAAUUGGACACACCGAUCAUGUCUGACGAUGAACUAAUUACGUUCGCGAAUACUGGAGAGGUUCUUCCGAAACCAAUAACACCUUUAACACAUGAUCUCGUCAUUGCCUACUUGGAGAAAGGCAUAUCAGCGAUGAUGAGAACGAAUGGUGACGGAUACGAUAAAAACAUGGUCAUAACCCAUAACAGAUGUGCAUUAGCACUUUACAAUUCGGUAUAUCGGAGAACUCCCAAAGACAUUGACGUCAAUAUCCGUAUGUUAGAAAUAUCCAUACACGGUCACAAAGUAGCGGACGACGCCAUCAUGAGCACGGCUUUACACAGAAGACAGCCUCGACGAACUGACAAAAUCAUUGUUUUAUUCGACAUGAUAAUGGCGUUAAUACAAUCAAAAUCGCGCAUGAACAACACAAUCAAGGAGAUCAAUGUGAUGAACCUAAACGUGGACACAAAAAACCCGUCAGAACUUCUGAGCAAGCUGAUGUCUGUGAAGGGCGACAUGUUCAAAUUCAUGAAGAGCCACGCCAAUACUAGCACCGUGAGCACCUUCACUCAGUUCAUCGCUAUGACUGUCCUGUUGGAGGGAAGAUCAGAUUUCACACCAGACGAAUGCAAUGAAAUUAGUACAUUAUUGAGUUCUGGCGAUGUUUUGUCGGCUGAAGUUCCAAAUAUACUAGCUAAACUUGUUAGAAAUUUGGAAAAUUCUGGAAAACUCGCAGAGUUCCGUGAACAAGAUCCAAACUUAGCUAUGAUGUGGCUGAAAAAUAAUGUACCACGUAUCUAUAACGACGUUUGUACGUUUUUGGACCAGCACGGCCAUAGAGCUAUAAUGGAACUAGAUCUUUCGGCAAAACCCUGGAUAUUGGCACAAGAAGAAUUUAUGAAAUUGCUUAUGAAUGUGCCUGCUUCAAAAGGAGAUGUUCAACAGAAAUCUAACGACGAGGUUAUUGCUUCUUUAAAAACUCCCAAAAAAGCGAAUACGAGGAAAGCAUUACGUUGGAUUGUCCCGUUUUGUCACCGCGCAGUUCGUCACAGAGAAGUUACCAAAUCUCAUCUUAUACUGGCCGUGCACAAGCUGCGGCUGGCGGCGCUGCGCCUCGGUGACCUUCUCGUACAGCGAUGGUUUCUACCAAACCGCGAGCUAGUAUUCUACUUCAGAGCAAACGAAAUUAAACAGUACAUUGAGACAAGAGACCCAGCUUUGCUGAAAAAGGCAAUGCAACGUCACCAAUUCUAUCCUACUUGGGCCAAAUUACAGUUCGCAGAAAUGAAUAAAGGCUGGGUUGAGCCUCUUAGAGUGGAAGGUCCAAAGAUAACAAGCGGCGAAGUCAAACUAAAGGCUACUUCAGUGUGCGGAGGCGAAGUUAUCGCGAGAGUCUGCGUCGUAAAAGAUCUGUCUGAGAUCGAUCAGUUGCAGCAGGGAGACGUUUUGGUAACACAUUCCACAGACAUCGGCUGGUCUCCUUACUUCCCUCUACUCGCUGGUAUUGUUACAGAACUUGGAGGACUAAUUUCACAUGGAGCAGUAAUAGCUCGAGAGUACGGCUUGCCGUGCAUAGUGGGCGCGAUGCACGCCACUGAAAUGUUCUCUACGGGAGAGACGGUGCGCCUUUCCGGAACUGAAGGGUUCAUAGAGAAAGUCAGCAUUGCAGAAGUAAAGGAUGAAUCACAA